UGGGGGAGGCGAUAUCUUUUGUUGGACCAACUUCUGUUGGGGGAGCGAGAGAAGCUUUUGAGUUACACAGAGCUCUUCUUCAGGUCCGGGCAAGGCAGUAAGAGUGUCACAGCUAAGUACAAGAUCGGAGCCAUAGUUCAGCAUAAGUAAUCAGCACCUAUUCUAAGGGAGUGGCGAUAGUUUACAGUUGGGAACAGUUCUUUACCUUCUGAUCAGUUAAAUGCAUUGUACUUGUCAGCUUGGGCAAAAACAAGGCCUGUGUGCAGCAAUUGUGCGACUGGAAAGCGAACCACAGCUGCCUCUCUUCUGGUGUGCAAGAGCCCAGAUUCACACUUGCACUCCAGCAGCACGCUAUGAACACAGGUUUUGGUCGAAGCAAAGGCUCUUAUCAAACACCCCCAAAACAUAUCUACUGCAAUCCUAAUCCAGCCUUUUUUAACAACUCUCUCGUCCCACAGGAAAAUAAUCUCGACAGAUUCAGAAACCAGCAGGUACAGUUCCUCUUGGGGCAAAUCACUGAAGCUCCCCUGUACCCUUUUUGGGAACAAAGGCCACAAGUAGAGCAACACAUCAGGGGUCCACGAGCUGCUGUACCAAUUCCUAGAGGGAGUGGGCACAACAGCUGGGGCACAGCUGGGAGAGUUAGACCCCCCUAUAUCAGUCAGCAAACGCGAAGUUUAUCGUCUUAUCCCCCAACUCAGUACAACUACAGAAAAUCAGAAAGAGAAUUUGACCAUUUCAACCUGAAUUUCCAGAGACUGUCUGUUGCUGAGCAAAACAGGGAGCAAGAAAUUUUGACAAUUUUAGGGCAACUCAGGCAGGGGGAGUCCUGUACAGGUCGUGAACUCGCCCAUAAACUUAAAACCCAAAAGAAAGAAGUCAAUCGUUAUCUGUACAAACUUCUCCGGGAAGGUAAAUUGCAUAAAGAAGGAGAGACACCCCCCUUCUGGCGGAUUGCGGACAAAUCUGGCUCUGUAGGGUCAGUGUGCGAAGGAAGUGCCACCGCCGACAGGAGUCAUUGGAGAGAGACAGCUUCUGAGAGUCAAGAAACGGAAAGCUCCCCGGUUGACUCAGAAGACGGUACCGAGUCUCCCGUCAUGGCUGAAGUCAAGGAGAAAAUCUGUAACUAUUUGUUCAAUGUCACAGACUCCACAGCUUACAACCUUGCAAAAAACAUUGGUUUUUCAAAGGCCAAGGAUGUUAACACCACUCUCAGAGCCCUGGAAAAACUGGGAGAAGUCCACAAGGAGAACACGACCCCCCCCAAAUGGUCCCUCACUGAAAAGAAACGGGAGAGGAUGCAGAUCAAGAUAAAAGCCAAUGAAGUAACGGAAACGCCACCUCCCGCCCCAGAGCCAGAGUUUCCAGCUGCCUGCAUAGAGCCGGAUCCACAGGAGAGCGUGUUGCCUUUCACAGAGGUAAAGAUGGAAGAAGAAGAAAAUGUAAAGAAUGGACAGCAGGCCUCUGAGCAAACAGAACAGACAGACACCAGUGCUCCUGACUCAGGCCUGCGAGCCCGGAAGCCCAGAUACCGCUUCAUGAACUAUGACAACUCUGAAAAUGGCAAGUGGGCCACAGAUGACAUUCCAGAUGACCUGAAUGCCAUCAAUAAGCAGGCGGAUGAGUUGAGAUGCAUCAUGGAAUCCCCCUCAUCUCCCAGCUAUGCUGCCCAGUUUGACACUGCGUUCCAGUGUACGCCCUUAGAAAAGCUGAUUGCCUGUCAGGAGAAGAAUCCGGUCAGCGGCCUCAUCGAAUAUAGCCAGUACACUUACCAGCGCUGUGAAUUUGCCCUUUUGGAGCAGAGCGGGCCCUCGCAUGAACCAAGAUUUAAGUUCCAGGCCGUGAUAAACGGGCGCCGGUUCCCACCAGCGGAAGCAGGUAGCAAAAAACUGGCCAAGCAGGAGGCAGCUGCCAACGCCAUGAAAAUCCUGAUGCGCGAAGCUGAGAACGAAGGGGAGGAUGGCAUGGAAGGGGAGGAGUCAUUUGUCCCAGACAGCUCGGAAGCAGAGUUGCCUGCACGCCCAGAACCAGAGCCUCCGUCUGCAGUGGCACAGCUAAACUUGUCGUCCGGGAAGAACCCCAUCAGCAUAUUAAUGGAAUAUGGACAGAAAUCAGGGAGCACGUGUGAAUUCCAGCUGCUGUCUCAGGAGGGACCACCCCAUGACCCCAAGUUCAAAUACUGCGUGAAGGUGGGUGAGCAGACGUUCCCCGCGGUGGUAGCCAACAGCAAGAAGGGAGCAAAGCAGAUGGCAGCUGAGGUUGCUGUGAAGAUCCUCCGUGGGGAAGCUGGGGGGCAGUUCUUCCCAGAACAGCCCUCCGGUGAGGUCCCAAGCGAGCCGUCCCUGGAUCCGCCUGUUGCCCAGCCUCUGAAUCUGGAUGAGUCAAAGGCAGCAAAAGCCAAAGGCGUCGGGGAGCUGAUCAAAUACCUCAAUGCCAAUCCCGUCAGUGGCCUGCUGGAAUACGCCCGUUCCAACGGGUUUGCAGCAGAGUUCAAAAUGAUCGAUCAGACGGGACCGCCUCACGAUCCGAAGUUUGUCUACCAAGCCAAGGUGGGAGGCCGUUGGUUCCCAGCCGUGACUGCACACAACAAAAAGCAGGGCAAGCAGGAAGCGGCUGAUGCAGCACUCAGAGUCCUGAUUGGGGAAACGGAGAAGGCUGAGCGCACCGAAGGACCGAGCAUCACAGAGCUCCCGGUGAGCGGCAGUACCCUGCAUGAUCAGAUAGCGAUGCUGAGCCACCAGCGCUUCAACGCCCUCACUGCUCGCAUCCAGCACAGCCUGCUCGGACGGAAGAUCCUGGCUGCAAUCAUCAUGAGGCGAGGAGAAGAGGGCCUGGGAGUUGUGGUCAGCAUUGGCACGGGUAAUCGCUGCGUGAAGGGGGAGGAGCUGAGCCUGAAGGGAGAGACUGUGAAUGACUGCCAUGCAGAAAUCAUUUCCCGACGAGGCUUCGUGAGGUUUCUCUACAGCGAGCUGAUGAAGUACGAUUCCGCUGAUCCCUCCUCCACAGAACAGAGCAUAUUUGAGUCAGCAGGAGAAAACAGGCUCAAAAUAAAAGCCGACAUUACCUUUCACCUCUACGUCAGCACGGCGCCGUGUGGAGAUGGGGCCCUCUUCGAUAAAUCCUGCAGUGACCAGGCAAGCACGGCGGGGGAGAGCCAGCAUCAGCCUCUCUUUGAGAAUCCCAAGCAGGGGAAACUGCGCACCAAGGUGGAGAAUGGGGAAGGCACAAUUCCCGUGGAGUCGAGUGACAUUGUGCCUACAUGGGAUGGGAUCCAGCAUGGGGAGAGGCUGCGCACCAUGUCCUGCAGUGACAAAAUCCUGCGCUGGAACGUGCUUGGCCUGCAAGGGGCGUUGCUGUCGCAUUUCAUGCAGCCAGUGUACCUCAGCUCCGUUACGCUCGGUUACCUAUACAGCCAGGGUCACCUGACACGUGCAAUCUGCUGCCGCAUGUCAAGAGACGGGAGCACGUUUGAAGCAGGUCUCCAGGCUCCGUAUCGUGUUAAACAUCCUGAGGUGGGGAGAGUUAGCGUGUACGACUCCGCCAGGCAGACGGGCAAGACCAAGGAGUCGAGUGUGAACUGGUGUCUCGCCGACGGAAGCGAGGUGGAAGUCCUGGAUGGCACAAAAGGCAAAGUCGACGGACCCAAGCUCGAGGUGUCCCGCGUGUCCAAGAGGAGCAUGUUCGCUCUGUUCCAGCAGCUCUGUGCCAAGGCGGACCGCAAAGACCUGCAGAGCCUUGCGCUGUACUCGGAUGCCAAGGAGGCAGCCUCGGCCUACCAGGGAGCGAAGCAGCACUUCUUCGCGGCGCUGGAGGAGAUGAGCUAUGGGAGCUGGAUCUGCAAACCCCAGGAAGAGGAGAACUUCUCUCUCGCCGAGGCGUAACGAGCUGCCCUCUGUGUGUGUCUGUGUGUUCCUUUUGUUUUCUUUUUUGUUUUUUUAAAUGGAGCCAGUAGCGUUGA